AUGAGCUUUAUUACUAAGUAUGUUUAUUUAGGGUUAAGGUCAGGGUUAGGAUGUGAUUAUUAUUACAUUUUAAACCUUUCGUCAGCUUGGAUACAUAAAAAGAAGAACAACGUGGUCUUUAGUGGUGGUAAUAAAAAGAUGGAUGCAACAGACAAACCUUUAAGGAUUCCCAUGGAAAUGUCAAUGUAUGCAGAGAAGCAUGAAAUAUUCGACCUUAUCCAGACCCUUGUGAGAAACCUUUUGAUUGACAAGCCAGAAGAUCCCAUUCAGUACCUGAUAGGACUUCUGAAGAGGGAAAGUAUAGAAGUGCCAAGAAUUUUGAUCCUGGGCCCACCAGCCUCAGGGAAAACAACAGUUGCUAAAAAGUUGUGCGAGCACAUUGGUGCUAUUCAUAUAACCUCUAGCAGCAUCCUUAAGGAUGACACGGAGCUGAGAAGAGAGACGAAGCAGUACACAGAGGAGAGUCAGGAGAUCCCACAAGCCCUCUGGAUCAAGCUGAUUGUGGAACGGCUAUCAAAAGCUGACUGUGUGAGACGGGGUUGGGUGCUGGAGGCUAUCCCCAAAAGCAGACAAGAGGCGCUGUGUCUGCAGGCAUCUGGCAUUGCCCCCGAGCAUGUUGUGAUGUUGCAGGCACGCGAUGACGUCCUGACUGAAAGGAAUCUGGGCAAGAGGAUAGACCCUGUCACAGGAGACGUGUACCACGUUACCUUCAUGUGGCCCGAGAGUGCCGAAGUGGCUCAACGUCUCGAGAGGCCAGAUAAGGAUACGGAAAUGACCCGUCAGUUGCAGGCGUACCACCGGGAGCUCCAGGGUCUACAGGACGCUUACAGUAACAGCCUGAAGAUUAUCGAUGCUGAUCAGCCUCAUGUAGAUGUGUUUGGUCAAGUGCUGAGCUACGUUCUGUCCAGGCAUCGCUCUGAUGCGCCUCACACUCCCAGAAUCCUCUUGUUCGGACCGCCAGGUUGUGGGAAGAGUCUCCAGGCCAGCUUGCUUGCCCAGAAAUACAACUUAGUUGACAUUUGUUGUGGUGAACUUUUGAAAGCAGUGGCGGCGGAUGAGAGCAGUAUGGGAGAGCUCAUUAAACCCUUUCUGGAGUCAGGACGGCGAGUGCCUGACAGCAUGGUGCUACAGAUCCUGACUGAGAGACUGAGCCGGGUGGACUGUAUCACACACGGAUGGGUCCUUCACGGCUUCCCACGGGAUGUAGAACAGGCCGAGAGACUGCAGGAGUCCAACUUUCUCCAAAGCAGGACUAGAAACAUUGCUAAUUUUCAGGGCCGAAACUUACAGACUGCACCUUUAAAGGUGAGUUUGAACUGACAUUACUCUGACAUUUAUUUUUCUUGUUUUAAAAUUUCUUUGAAGCCAAAUCAGCAAAACACAUAACCCAAAGAAACGGACCAUUCAGGUGUGUUUAGUGUCUCGUAUGAUUUGUGUUUGUAUUUUCGAAACAGUGAGCGUAGCAGGAUCUGGCCACUCAGAUUACUCGUGUUCAGCAGAUCUGAUGGCACUGCGAGACUGGACAGCCUGUGUGUCUGGUUCAGUACCAGCUAGAGCACACUGAGCUAAAACCACCAGGCUUUCAGACUGUUUUGACAGACAGUGUCUUCUUUUUAGCUGUUUUCUGAGCACUUGUGGACCAUUUAAGUUGGAUUAAAAAUAGGAAUUUAGGCAAUUAAAAAAGGCAGGUAACCUCCUGUUUGGGUAACGUCAUUCACUUUGUUUAAUCUAAACCUCUCAUGAAUUAGUCAUCACACGCUUGCCUUUGUGUAUCACACCUCUGUGAUCUCCAAUCACUCACCACUCACCAGGAGAAUAAAACAAACACAUAGACCUCUAUUCUGAGAUGAAAUACCAUCCAGGAACUGCUCAGAAUACCAUCAUCACCCUCAUCUCCUCAGUAGGUCUCUAUCUACUCCAUUAGCAGCCCCUGCCUUUUCCGCUAAUGGCGAGAGACCUUAUUUACAUAGCAUUAGCUAAUUGAUUUUGGGAGCCAGCGGUAAGUAGAAAGGCUGGGCCCAGAAACAAUGAGGAGAACGUUACUGAUGAGCUGCUGAUAGCUGACGGUCGUGCUCUAGCUGACAGCUUUAUUAAUUAAGAGCUAUCUCGUUACUCAGGCUUUAGAGAAAAUGAAUGAAUCGGUUCAGCGAUGUGGCUCAGAGCCAAGUCGUGGACACGUUAUAGUGUAUAUGCCACUACUGAGCAUUGAAGGACAGUUAAGAGAGCGGGCAGAGCUGGAACGACUGCUUAAUCUGAAGGAUCUAUUUACUCGCUUCUUGAAAGGAGAUCCGGCAGCAGGCUUUGUUGGAGUGAGUGCUUGUGGGAAAUGUUCAGCUUGUACAGACUUGACGCUCGGUUCGCUGGGUUGUUGCAAAAGAGCGAAAAAAUUCAUCAUCAUUUCCCACAAAUUAUUAAAUCAGUUUUCUGGAAAGAAAAUUAAGUUUGAACUCAAGUUGCAAUUUCUCUGAGGAAAAGAAGUUACCUGAUCAUGGAAAAAAACACAAAAGCUGAAGACAGGAAACAGGAUCCCAUGAGAUACAUGAGAAUGCCCUUGCUCUGACUUCCUAGUUACCUCAUCAAAAACUGAUCAAGCCCAGUGACCACAGGUCCCCAUUUUCUCCGCUGCCCAAUCCUUCCUAUCCAUCAGCCAGCUGUCCUAUCAUACAGCAAUGUGAAGGCUAACACAUGUUUACCCUGAGACAAGAAGAAGAGCUGCAUCCUUGCUAUCAAUGCUGCAUCACAGAGCGGCGUUACACACUCUGAGGAAAGUGCUACGUAGCCUCGAAUCUUCACAAUUCAAUCAUGCAAUCUACCAAUCUCCAGGGACAAGUGUUUUGUUAUACAUAUAGGACAAGUGUUUUUCUGUUGCGCCACUUGAAAUCCCUUAUAAAAGAGAGAGAGCGAGAUCUACAAUUCUCUUCAAUGAGAAGAGUCAUGACAAAAAUAAACAAUUCUAAUUGGUUAUCCUGUUUCUUACUAUAGCAGCUGGUAGCCGAUUUCAUCUGACUGAACCAAUAACCAACUAAAGGACACAUUUGCUUGACAUUUUAGGUGGUUAACUAUAGAGAACAGUAAUGAUGGCUAUUUUAUAACAGUGGACCAUUUAUGAACAACAUUAUAGACUGUACGUAUUAUCGUAACCAGCCACAAGUAAACAUUCCAGACUAUCAUAAAAAAUUCCACUACUGAAAUCCUCGUAGCUAAUCCAGUGUAUAUAUCCUAUAUGGGAUUUUUAAUACAUCAUCUCUGGGAAUAGUGUUUAUUAAUUUAACCCAAGGGGCAAAUUCAUGAUCCAUACUCUUUGCUAAGGAUCCUUAAGGUUGAUUAUUUAAUGCUAUAUUCGUGCAGUGGCCAUCAGCGGUCUUGUUGCAUUUUUUUUUUCUCACUCUUGCUGCCAAUCUUUAACUACACUCUAGUUUGGGCAGUCAGCUGCCUCUUACAGCCCUGACACGCUCACAAACAAUUAGAGUCUUUGGAGCCACUGAAAUAUGCAUAGCUAUCCGUGACAGGCAGAUAAAGUAGGGCAAUUAGACACGUAAUUCUAGAAAAGGCCAGUCACAAUCACCUACACCCCCCCCCAAUACACACACACACACACACACA